AUGGACCUGCUCCAUGAAUUUGACGACUACAUGAACGCACAACGUGAAUUGCCAGCCGCCACAGCUACCGCCGCUACAACCGCCGUUGAAAUGGAUGCCGCCACAGACACCGCCGCUACAGCCGCCCCAAAACGUACCGCAGAAAAACGUAAACGCGGCGAUUCGCCGGCCGGCGUCGAAAUCGCAGCCUCCGCCGAUGCUGCUAGAGCCUCCUUUGAAAUCGACGCCUCUACAGUGGCGGUUGAAAUCGAAGUCGCUAUAGCCGUCAGCAAAGACCGGGCUACUACCGAAAUGAUGCUUGCUAGUGUUAAAGAGGCUACAGAGCUGGAUCCUGGAUCUGUAGAUCCUGGAUCUGUAGAGCGGAUGGCUUACUAUAAAAAGAAUAUGCUUGAACUGGAAGCUGUUGCUGAGGUAGUACUGGAAACAAAAGACCGCGCGUUCAAGGAUGCAAUCACCAAGAUCCCUGAACUUGCUCGCAUGGCUGACAAAUUGAAGAUUCUAAAAUGUCACCAAGCACUUAAGGCCAAGGUUCGUAGAGCAUCCAGGCGUGGCUUAGUCCAGAAUCUCUAUGCCGUUGUCACUGAUGGAAUUUUGGGAGCGUUGACAUGGAAAACUGAUGAAACUUUCACCAUGGCUAGCAAAUCAAAUCUGAAAAAAGUCAUCAGCAAUGGCCACUUUGGGCAAUUGGCUUACUUCGAUUUUGACAGAGAGCUUGAACAAUAUGGCUUUGUGAAAUCUGAAGUUGCUGAUUACAGACACAAAUCCGGUCACUUCCGACGUGACCGUCCAGAUUUGUUGGCAAAUAUCGUUCGAGAAUCAGAGAUAGCACCUCUGCAACUGCAAGCAAAGGUGCUUGAUGUUGACAAAAAAAUAACUCAAAUUGGUGCUCGGAAUGAUGCAUUCUCAGAGAAAUUGGAUCGUAUGCUAAGCAGCUUCCAAGAUAAAUGA